ACAGUCCAUCCGAUUUUGUUGAUUUGCAACAUCUUCUUCCUUAAUAUUGUCGCCCCAUCACAAUAUACAUACAUAGAUACAUAGAUACAUAUAUAUAUAUAUAUAUUAUAUGUAAAAACUUUUCUAGGGUCUCAGUGCAUUCCGUCACCGACACCGACAACAUUAACCUGCGACGACAUGGCGGCCUUUGAAGCUUGCCGCCGUGUAACACGGCUUCUGUUGUUAGUAGUAGUAGUACUAGUUGUGUCCGAGUUUAUACUGUCUGCGGAGUCCAAGUAUAUGCAGUACAAUACGACGUCGGGGCUUGUCGCCGGGAAGCUGAACGUGCAUUUGGUCCCUCAUAGCCACGACGACGUGGGGUGGUUGAAGACCAUCGAUCAGUACUACGUUGGCUCCAAUAAUUCCAUUCAGGGAGCUUGCGUUCAGAACGUGCUGGAUUCUCUGGUUCCGGCUUUGUUGGCCGAUAAGAACCGCAAGUUCAUAUAUGUUGAGCAGGCUUUUUUCCAACGUUGGUGGAGAGAGCAGAGCGAGGGGACUCAGAACAUAGUGAAACAGCUAGUCAACGACGGUCAACUUGAACUCAUAAAUGGGGGGAUGUGCAUGCACGACGAGGCUGCCACUCAUUACAUUGAUAUGAUUGAUCAGACGACUCUCGGGCAUCGGUUUAUCAAACAAGAAUUCAAUGUGACUCCGAGGAUUGGAUGGCAGAUCGACCCGUUUGGACAUUCUGCAGUGCAGGCUUACCUGUUGGGAGCUGAGGUUGGAUUCGAUUCUCUUUUCUUUGCAAGAAUCGACUACCAAGACAGAGCUAAACGGAUGGGUGACAAAAGCCUCGAGGUUGUCUGGCGGGGUUCUAAGAGUCUCGGUUCAUCUGCACAGAUUUUCGCAGACGCAUUUCCUAAGAAUUAUGAACCUCCUUCUGAUAAUUUCUACUUUGAAGUUGAUGACCCUUCACCUAUUGUACAAGAUGAUACGUUUCUGUUUGACUACAAUGUGCCGGAUCGUGUUAACGACUUUGUAUCAGCUGCAAUGUCACAAGCAAACAUCACGCGUACGAAUCAUAUCAUGUGGACUAUGGGAACGGACUUCAAGUAUCAAUACGCUAAUACAUGGUUCCGACAGAUGGAUAAGUUCAUCCAUUAUGUGAAUCAAGAUGGGCGUGUCAAUGCGCUAUACUCAACGCCAUCAAUAUACACCGAUGCCAAGUAUGCAGCAAAUGAAUCCUGGCCAAUCAAGACCGAUGACUUCUUUCCAUAUGCCGACAUUGUGAAUGCUUACUGGACUGGAUAUUUCACGAGCAGGCCAGCCAUCAAAGGAUAUGUUAGAACACUGAGCGGCUACUAUAUGGCAGCAAGACAAUUGGAGUUUUUCAAGGGGUUGAACAAGUCGGGGCCUAACACAGAUUCGUUGGCUGAUGCUUUAGCGAUUGCUCAACAUCAUGAUGCAGUUAGUGGCACAGAGAAGCAGCACGUGGCGUAUGAUUAUGCAAAACGGCUCUCAAUAGGUUACAAGGAGGCGGAGCAGGUUGUUGCGGAAUCACUUGCUUGCUUGACAGAGACAAAAUCAGAAGCUGGUUGCAAGAGUUCAUCAACUAAGUUUCAACAGUGUCCACUUCUAAAUAUUAGCUAUUGUCCCCCAUCAGAAGCUGAUCUAUCAAAUGGGAAAACCCUGGUUAUUGUUGUCUACAAUGCUCUCGGAUGGAAGAGAGAGGAUAUCGUAAAGAUUCCUGUUUUCAGUGCGAACGUCACUGUAAGGGAUUAUACAGGAAAAGAAAUUGAAUCACAAAUCUUACCGCUGCUUAAUGCGUCAGUGGGUCUAAGAAACAAUUAUGUUAAGGCAUAUCUGGGUGUAUCACCAAGUGUCACACCAAGUUACUGGCUUGCAUUUUCAGCAACUGUACCACCUCUUGGUUUUAGCACUUACACCGUGUCAAGUGCCACACGAACAGCUACAACUUCAGAGAGACAAACUGCUUACAAGUCAGAAACGAGUCAGAAUGAUACCAUAGAAGUCGGGCCAGGAAAAUUGAAACUUGUUUAUUCCGGAAAUGAUGGAAAACUUACUCAAUACAUCAACACCGGAAGCUUGGUCACCAAGUCGAUACAACAAGCUUUUAGUUAUUAUCCUGGAGAUGAUGGAGAUCAUGGAAGUGCGGAUAAACAGGCCUCGGGAGCUUAUAUCUUCCGCCCUAAUGGUACAGUCCCCAUUAACUCCGAAGGGCAGGGUUCUUUUACUGUACUGAGGGGACCGCUGUUAGAUGAAGUACAUCAGAGGAUCAACUCUUGGAUAUAUCAGGUCACUAGAUUGUACAAGGAAAAGGAGCAUGCUGAGAUUGAAUUCACAGUUGGGCCUAUACCAAUCGAUGAUGGAAUUGGCAAAGAAAUUGUGACUAAGAUUACAACCGGCAUGGAAACCAACAAAAAGUUCUACACAGAUUCUAACGGGCGUGAUUUUAUUGAAAGAAUUCGAGACUAUAGAAGGGAUUGGAACUUGGAAGUGAGUCAACCUGUCGCAGGAAAUUAUUAUCCGAUUAAUCUCGGACUCUACACAAAAGACAACAACACGGAGUUUUCAGUACUAGUAGAUAGAUCUGUGGGUGGAUCCAGCAUUGUGGAUGGGCAAUUGGAACUCAUGGUUCAUAGGAGGUUGCUCCAUGAUGAUGACAGAGGCGUUGGAGAAGCUCUAAACGAAACUGUGUGCAUUCAAGAUGGUUGCAAAGGAUUAACAAUCAUCGGAAAGUACUACCUCAGACUUGAUCCAUUGGGAGAGGGUGCUAAAUGGCGCCGAUCAUUUGGUCAGGAGAUAUACUCUCCAUUUCUUUUAGCCUUCACAGAACAAGAUGAAGAUAGCUGGAAAAGCUCUCAUGUCACAACCUUUUCGGGAAUGGAUCCUUCCUACACUUUACCUGAUAAUGUCGCGAUAAUAACCCUCCAGGAGCUGGAUGAUGGAACACUUCUGUUCCGCCUUGCACAUUUAUACGAGAUUGAUGAGGACAAGGAUCUUUCGGUCAUGGCAAGUGUAGAGCUCAAAAAAGUGUUUGCAGAUAAGAAGAUUAGAAAAGUAACGGAAAUGAGUUUAUCUGCAAACCAAGAAAGAGCGGAAAUGGAGAAGAAGCGACUAGUGUGGAAAGCAGAAGGCUCCUCCGAAGGAGAAGCCAAAGUGUUGAGGGGAGGACCUGUUGAUCCAACAAAGCUGGUGGUUGAACUUGCUCCAAUGGAAAUCCGAACGCUUAUCAUCGACUUCUAGUCCAAAUAUCCGACGGCUGAAAGUAAGAAUGUGCGACGUACAGACAUUGCUUUCGCUCGAUACUAAGCUCGAACACUCAAGGGUGCUCGGAUAACUUGGAUUCAGAAGGCACUGAAUCAAAAUGAAGUUCAGAGUCCUUUAUGAUUGUUAUACAUUAUUGCUUAUGUUAUAAGAUAAUGUGAUGUGGAUCA